UCCCCAAGGCUGUGCGCGGAACCAACAAGAGCGUCCGCUUCUUGCUUGAAGGCCGCGCCACCCUGGGCAACACCAAGCAGGUUUGCGAUGUCCUCGAGCUUAACCACAUCAUGGACCGAGACGUCAACCUCCUCUCUGGUGGUGAGCUGCAGCGUUUUGCCAUCGGAACCGUUUGUGUUCAGAAGGCCGACGUCUACAUGUUCGACGAGCCUUCCUCCUACCUCGAUGUCAAGCAGCGAUUGAGUGCCGCCUCCAUUAUCCGCUCGCUUCUCCGCGACAACGACUACAUCAUCGUCGUCGAGCACGAUCUGUCCGUCCUGGAUUAUCUCUCCGAUUACAUUUGCGUCUUGUACGGAAAGCCCGCCGUCUACGGUGUCGUCACCAUGCCUUACUCCGUCCGUGAGGGUAUCAACAUUUUCCUCGAUGGUCACAUCCCCACUGAGAACUUGCGAUUCCGUGACGAGUCCUUGACUUUCCGUAUUGCCGAGACUGCCGAUGAGUUUGCCAUCGACAAGUCCCGCGCCUUCAGGUAUCCCAAGAUGGAGAAGACGCUUGGAAACUUUCAUCUCAGCAUCGAUGCUGGCGACUUCACUGACUCUGAGAUUAUCGUCAUGAUGGGAGAGAACGGAACCGGAAAGACCACCUUCUGCCGAAUGCUGGCUGGUGCCCUCAAGCCCGACUCCAAAGCUUCCGUUCCCGACAUGAGGAUCAGCAUGAAGCCCCAGACCAUCACCCCCAAGUUCGACGGCACUGUCCGCCAGCUCUUCUUCAAGAAGAUCAAGCAAGCUUUCCUGUCGCCUCAGUUCCAGACCGACGUUGUCAAACCCCUGAAGCUCGAGGACUUCAUUGACCAGGAAGUCAAGAACCUGUCCGGUGGUGAAUUGCAGCGUGUAGCUAUCGUCCUUGCCCUUGGUAUCCCCGCCGACAUUUACCUCAUCGACGAGCCUUCCGCCUACCUUGACUCCGAGCAGCGUAUCAUUGCGUCGCGUGUUAUCAAGCGAUACAUCAUGCACUCCAAGAAGACGGCUUUCAUCGUCGAGCACGAUUUCAUCAUGGCUACCUACCUUGCGGACCGUGUCAUUGUCUUCGACGGCAAGCCCGGUAUCGACGCCCACGCCAAUACCCCCGAGUCCCUCCUCACCGGCUGCAACGCCUUUUUGAAGAACCUUGAUGUCACCUUCCGUCGCGACCCUACUAACUACCGACCUCGUAUCAACAAGCAAGGCUCGCAGCUCGACCAGGAGCAGAAGAUGAACGGCAACUACGUAAGCCAACCUUGCCACAUAGCCCUGCUUCUUACAGUUUAACUAACAUUGUACAGUUCUUCCUGGAGGAAAACGCCGAUAAUAGCUAAAGGCACUCAUGGAGAAACCUUUCCUCCCCACAUUGAGGCAUGUCCUGGAGUUUGGGGCGUUCAAAAUGGGAAUUCGCAAAAGAAGCGCAGGUGCCGACAUAUUCGUGCUUUGGGAAUAGAGGAGCACAGCGCCGGCGAGGAUGACGAUCUGGAUGGAUAACGACGGCGACGGCAGUAGUAUCCCCUGUUGUCUGGUCCUACGAAGACCCGGUCCGCCGGAGGAGUUGGCGGUGGACGUUUAUUGUUUUAUUUUUGCGCGUGUUUUGAGUCGUUUGACCAGUCCAGGCGUUUUGUCCUCCCUUCUCUCAACCGUUGGGAGGACCAUGCAGGGCCUGGAGAAGAGGGCAAGGGCGGAACCGGGCGUCUUCGUAGAUUGAGGGACAACGGAUUAAGAAGGAUUACUGCCGUCUGCGCAGUUUCCC